AUGGUUUUGGUUAAAGACAUUAGAGUUUCCGCUGGUAAACUUGCUGCAAUGAGAGAAGGCAGAUCAUCGAGAAGUAAGGGCACACCUGUCAGUGAAAACGAGUUGUAUGUUGGGAAAACAACUCCAAGAGAUUCAUUUGAAAAGCCUACACCUACCAAGACAAAUAUAUCCUCAUUGAAGCUUUCUCCACUGAAUGAAAUCAAAUCAUCAACAAAAAAGACACCUCCGAAAGAAAAACAGACAUCAGCUGCAAAGAAAACUCCCAGCAGAAAAGUCCAAAGCCCCAGUGAAAAUCUCAUUGUUGUGGGCCAAAAUAGGAUGUCUUCGGGGAAGAAAACAUCCGUUAGGGAGGAAAGCGUCUCUCCUGUGAAGCGUUCUUCUCAGAUAUAUAAUACAUCUACAGAAAAGAGAACACCUGUGAGACUUGCCUCUAUACUGUCUCCAUUACAGCCUUUGAGCAGUACUGGACGUUCAUCAAGAAAGAGAUCUGCAACUAGUGAAGACGAGAAAAUGCAGUUGAGCCAUAAAAAGAAGAAAACACGAGCAAGUGCAAUUGACUCUCCAGAUAUAUUUUCAAUUACAGAUUCCUCAUUUGAUUUCGGUGCAAUAAAAACACCUCAAGUUCCUCAAGAAACUUUUGUUUCUCCAUUGUCUUCUCGUUCAACACCAAACACAAGCAAAUCAACAGACUUGAAUUUUAAAUUAUUGUCAAGUGAGCGAGUUGUGCAGAAGUCUGGAGGAAGAAAAUCUGUGAAAACAACCCCAAGAAAAUCAGCAAAAACUCUUUUAAAUGUCAGUAAAUUUACUCCAAAUAAAGAAUUAAGUGAUUUAUCGGGCAUUAAGGAAAUAUCUGCCCCUGGAGUUGCUCUAAACAGUUCAUCAUCACAUGAGAAAUCUUCCUAUUCAGAUCUAGAAAAGUCACCAGAUAAAACCACUAAGAUUCUUAGGGCUAAAGAUAUUAGACAUAUUGUGAGAACUCCAGGACGGCACAGUACUCCUAAAGAGAUUUUGGGCAGAAAAUCCAUUAUUACAACUCCCAAUACUCAGCGAUCAUUGAAAAUCAAAUCAAUCCAUGCCCGGCAUUCUGCAUCACCCAUUGUAUCAACUUUAAAAGAUAAUGUCCAAGGAUUUGAGACAACAGAAUUGAGUACAAAGAAACAAUCAAGAACUGCCAAAGUGCAAAAAUCUCCGAAAAAUGACUUAUCUGAUAUUCAGGGGGUGAAGAAACUUUUAAGAACCCCUAAACCUCAAAAAUCUCCCCAAAAUGAUUUAAAUGAUGUUAAAGGUAUCAAGAAAUUAUUGGCUACCCCAAAAAUUCAGAAAUCCCCUAAAAAUGAUUUGAGAGAUGUUAGAGGUGUCAAGAAAUUGUUGGCUUCCCCUAAAGUUCAGAAAUCGCCCAAGAAUGAUUUGAGAGAUGUAAGAGGUGUUAAGAAGUUGUUGGCUUCUCCCAAAGUUCAGAAAUCGCCCAAGAAUGAUUUGACUGAUGUCAGAGGAGUAAAGAAAUUAAUUAGUACUCCAAAAGUUCAGGCAUCUCCAAGAAAUGAUUUAACAAAUGUUCGAGGAGUCAAAAAGUUGUUGGGAACACCAAGAACUCAGAAAUCACCUAAGAAUGAUUUAACUGAUGUUAGAGGUGUGAGGAAACUCUUAAGUUCUCCUAAAAAAUUAAGAUCUCCCAAAAAUGAUUUGACCAAUGUUCAGGGUGUCAAGCAAAUCUUUAAGAGUCCUAAAGAACAGAAGUCACCAAGGAAUGACUUAACAGAUGUGUCAGGGCUCAAAAACCUUUUUGAUGUGAGUAUUGAUGAAAGUAGAAACAUUAAAGCAACACCCCUCAGAACUAAAGGGGUUUCAAGUGCCAAGAGUUCUCGAAAGAAAACUGCUGUUUCUGAAGUAGUUGAGCGUACAACUCGAAGUCGUCGAAAAAUUGAUGUACAAUCUCCAGCAACUUCGCCUAAGGUCAAGAACAAAAUUCAGGAGACCCCUCCGACCUUGCCAGCUGAUAAUGUUCCAUCUCCUAAAAAAUUGCGAAAGGUCGCCAAAAGUAAUAAUGAAUCAACAAAGAAUGCGGAUGCCUCUAAUAAUUCUGUGUCAAACAAAGUGAUUGCUGAGGUACAUGACAAGAUCGAAGAAAACCUGACUCCUAACCAGAAAGGUAGGUCAAGAAACACAAGAGCUAAAAAGCGAAGUGCAGAAGUUGUUGCAGGAGACAGUCAAUCAGGUGACAUUGAUGUAACUCCACCAAAAACUAGACGCACCAGGAAAAAUACUGGUAGUGAAGAAAGCGUACCUCAUUCUCAACACACCUCUGAUGGAACUUCAGCUGCAGAGAAAAAUCUUGUUAGUAAAACCCCUCCAAGAACAAGACCUGGAAAAAACAAAUCUGUUGCAUCUGGGAGAACUGCUCUCAGAGACAGAAACAUAUCAGAGUCUUCAUCUGCAGGUUCUCCUGCUACUUCGAAGUCUGCAGAUAUACAAGGUUCUUCAUUAUCUAAAAAAUCACCUUCCAAAAAGCGUGGUAGGACAAAAUCAAUUUUACCCCCCGUUGAUACUCUGUCGGAAGGGGAAAAUAAGUCGCAAGCCAGAAAAUCCCCAAAAGCAACGCGUGGAAGGAAUCUGAAAUCUGUCGUAGUUCAUAUUUCAGAAGAGAGUGAAAAUACUUCUGAACUCUCAUCUCCAAGAAUUGUGGAAGUGGAAAGUAGCUCUGGGAAUAAGAAAUCGCCGUUGAAAACUCGUGGGAGAACAAAACCUAGUGGCAUUUCCACACCUGUAAAAGAUGCCAGUCCAGUACAACCUAAGGUACGGCGUGGGAGAAGCAAUCAAACUAAAUAUUCUGCCACCACGGAGGAACCACUCCAGCAGGUUAACGAUAUUGAGGUGAAGUCGGCUCUAGCAUCUCCUCAAACAAAGCAAACCCGCUCCAGGAAAGGUGAAACAAAAACUGUAAAAUUUCAUGAAAGUGUUGUUGCUGCUGCUCCUGAGAUACAGCCUUCUGAAAAAAAUCCAAGUAAAAGAAAUCGUUCGAAAGGAGAAGAGGAUGUGCCUGAAAAGCUAAGUGGUAAACCAUCAAAAAAAGCAGUAGCAACAAGAGCUACAAGAACCAAAAAGACGAAUUUGGAGGUGACUGAAACUACAGAUGAAAAUGACAGUGAGAACGUUAGAGCUACAAGAUCGACAAGGAGAAAGAAAACUUAA